AUGUUCAUCAAAACAACACCACUCAUAUCAAUCCUGGGAGUUCUUUUGACUUUCUUUACUUGUAGUCAUGCAACCCUGUCUUCAAACUAUGGCGAAGAUUCAAAUUAUGGCGAUGUAAAACCCUCCGCUUCGCAUUUCAGAGAACGACUUGAAGCUAUUGGUUAUGGUCAAGACAGUAAUGAGAAAGGCGACAGCAACCAAGAAGUCAUCUAUUUUUUCUCUAUUCACGAUUACAAUUAUGAUGGGAUGCUGGAUGGCCAUGAGUUGAGGUUGGCAUUUCAGGGUUAUGAGCAGGAUACUGGUAAAGAAAAGGCUCAUAUAGACUUGGCGGAUCUGGAAACUAUGAUUGAUCAUGCUUUAGCAGAGGACGAUACAAACAACGAUGGCAUGAUUUCUUGGGAAGAGUAUUUGGAAUCACAGUCUUAUCACCACAAGCUCAAUGUGAAUCAAACCUAG